AUGCGCUCGAGUUCCAUUUUUGGUUUCAGGAGCGGAGGCGGCAGCGGCGCGCGCCGAUUCCCUGCGCGCCGCCUCGGCGCCGGUCCCGGUGCUUGUGGCCGCACGGUGCCUGUUGAUGUGGAGAGCAGUGACUGGGAGCUGGAUGUGACUGAAGAAAGUCUCAGCGAUGACGACAUGUCCACAGAAGGAGACUCUGACCAGCAGAGGGAGCCCAUGAGCCCGUGCUUCAGCAGCAACAUUCCUUUGAUGCGUCUGGUGCAGUCGGUUCAUCACACAAAGAAACGAACAGAUGGAGUUUUAAAAGAGGGCUGGCUCCUGCACCACACCAGCACAGACUCACUGCUACAGCCUCUGCUUGUACAGAGCCUGUCCCAUCUCGGCGUGGUUCUGCUGGAGGGGAUGUUCGAGACCUCGGAACACAUUUUCGUGGUGAUGGAGAAACUUCACGGGGACAUGUUGGAAAUGAUUUUGUCCAGUGAAAAGGCCCGGCUCCCUGAACGCAUCACUCGCUUCCUGAUUCUGGAGGCGCUGCGGUACCUUCACUUGAAACACAUCGCUCACUGUGAUCUCAAACCUGAAAAUGUGCUCUUGACCUCCUCAGACCCUCUUCCUCAGGUGAAGCUGUGUGACUUUGGCUUCGCCCGCAUCAUUGGAGAGAAGUCUUUCCGGCGCUCUGUGGUGGGCACCCCUGCGUACCUGGCCCCAGAGGUGGUGGGCAUGGGGGGCUACAACCGCUCCCUGGACAUGUGGUCCGUGGGGGUCAUUCUCUAUGUGAGUCUGAGCGGGACGUUCCCCUUUAAUGAGGACGAGGACAUCAAGCAGCAGAUCGCCAACGCUGCUUUCAUGUACCCACGACACACCUGGGCCAUGGUGUCGCUGCAAGGACCCCCACAGCAGAGGCCUGUGCCCCCUCACCCCCACAGCAGAGGCCUGUGCCCCUCACCUCCACUAGGACCCCCACAGCAGAGGCCUGUGCCCCUCACCUCCACUAGGACCCCCACAGCAGAGGCCUGUGCCCCCUCACCCCCACAGCAGAGGCCUGUCCCCCUCACCUCCACUAGGACCCCCACAGCAGAGGCCUGUGUCCCCUCACCUCCACUAGGACCCCCACAGCAGAGGCCUGUCCCCCUCACCUCCACUAGGACCCCCACAGCAGAGGCUUGUGCCCCCUCACCUCCACUAGGACCCCCACAGCAGAGGCUUGUGCCCCUCACCUCCACUAGGACCCCCACAGCAGAGACCUGUGCCCCCUCACCUCCACUAGGACCCCCACAGCAGAGGCCUGUGUCCCUCUCACCCCACCUCACCUCCACUAGGACCCCCACAGCAGAGGCCUGUGCCCCUCACCUCCACUAG